ACUAUUGCACUUGAGGCCUUAUCUUGAUGUUGAAAUAGGUCACAUUGGGACGUGUAUGUUGCAAUAAAUUGACAGUUUUUUCAUGCGAGUGUCGCCAUACACUCCAGGCAGACCACCGUGUACACAGGGCUGAGCUAUUUCUGAAUCUGGUGGUACAGGUACAUUGUGGUGGGAUAUAGUAAUCACUGUCUUCAGGGAGAGCGGUUGGCGACGACAGGACGCCAUUAUGAUCAUUUCUUGUUUCAUUGGAGUAUGUGUGCUGUUGUUUGGGCCGCUGGUCUCAAGCGCGUGUAACGUUACGCUCUACGCUCAAGGGGAACCGCUGAAUUUCACAUCUCCCAACUACCCAGGCAACUACAUGAGCAAUGACAACUGCUAUUGGGACAUCUACCCUCAAACAAGAGGGUACAACGUUAUACUCGACAUGGUGUUCUCCGAUAUCGAAGGCUCAUCCGGAUCCAACUGUCCAUAUGACGCCCUUACCAUAUACGUAAAAAAUAAUGGUGAUCAAAGGAUAGGCGAGUCAAAAAGAAUUUGUGGACAAAGCAGAUUAAAUCUUUUUACCCGUGAAGACCAACAUAUUCAUGCAAUGUUCGAGACUGAUGGCAGUGUAACCAGAGGCGGUUUCUUAAUUAAAUAUUAUGAAACUGACGGUCACUCUUGUGGAUUAUCAGAUCUUUCCGCCUCUUCUGUUGCAUGGACGAACUUGACUUCUCCUGGCUAUCCUUCAAACUAUUCCAAGAACCCGAACUGCCAAUGGACAAUUUCUGCACCGGUUGGAUAUGAAAUUAAAGUCGAAGUUGUGUAUUUUAAUGUGGAAUACUCAACAGCUUGUUCAAGUGAUUACCUUCUCUUCAGUGACGGUUCCACGUCUUUCGCUGCUCAGUUAGGAAAAUAUUGUGGUCGUAGUAACAUCACCAGGGUAGUCGUCAGUUCCAGAAACUACAUGACCAUUACCUUCCACACCGACGGCUCUGACACAGCACUAGGAUUUAACCUGAAAUACAAAGCUGGAUAUAGAACUACUACAAGUACAACUACUACAACUACUACAGAAAUAACAAAUGGGCUUAAUUGUGGCAGUCCUUUGCUCAGAGCCUCUACGUUCACCUGGAGACAUUUGUCGUCUCCUGGUUACCCCAACCACAACUACAGGAACAACAUGGACUGCAGGUGGACAGUUUCUGCACCUGCUGGAUAUAAAAUAAAAGUUGAAAUUAUAGUGCUUUCUGUGGAAUUUGAAGCCACCUGUGCAUUCGACUAUCUCCUCUUCAGUGACGGCUCAUCGUCUUUCGCUACUCGGUUGGGUAAAUACUGUUAUGGCACCAGAAACGUGGUCAGCUCCAGCAACGCCAUGACCAUCACCUUCCACACUGACGGUUCUAGAACGGACAGAGGAUUUUCUUUGAAAUACAUGGCGAGGACGUCAGGUUCUUUGCUCAGCGCCUCUACGUCCACCUGGUCAAUUUUGUCGUCUCCUGGCUACCCCAACUACAACAACAAUAUGGACUGCAAGUGGACAAUUUCUGCACCUGCUGGAUAUAAAAUAAAAGCCGAAAUUAUAGCUCUUUCUUUGGAAUAUGAAGCCACCUGUGCAAGAGACUAUCUCCUCUUCAGUGACGGCUCCUCGUCUUACGACACUAAGCUGGGUAAAUACUGUACUGGCACCAGGGACGUGGUCAGCUCCAGUAACGCCAUGACUAUCACCUUCCACACUGACGGCUCUGUGACAGGAAGAGGAUUUUCUUUGAAAUACAUGGCCCGGACGUCAGUUUCAGGUUGUGGCACAGACGAAGAGAUAAACGAAUAUGAAACGAAAUAUAUUGUAUCACCCGAUUACCCUCUGCAGUAUCCCAGCAAUGCAAAUUGUUCAUGGACAAUCAGCACCCGCCUUGAAGGAUAUGUAAUCCAUGUCGAAGUGGUGGAUUUCUUCCUGGAGCCUCACAGCCUGUGUUCCUAUGAUUAUGUGCAGCUCUAUGACGUCACUGGAACAUAUGAACGCUCGCUUGGUCGAUGGUGUGGAUCGAAUGGACCAGAUACACAGAGUACAGGGAUGAGUAUGAAGGUUCGAUUCCUCUCCGAUAGUUCGAACACCUUCAAAGGAUUUAAAUUGGCCUUCACUGCCGGAGAGCCAACAUCUUCCCGUUGUGGCACAGACGAAGAGAUAAACGAAUAUGAAACGAAAUAUAUUGAAUCACCCAAUUACCCUCUGCAGUAUCCCAGCAAUGCAAAUUGUUCAUGGACAAUCAGCAGCCGCCUUGAAGGAUAUGUAAUCCAUGUCGAAGUGGUGGAUUUCUACCUGGCGCGAGACGGCCCGUGUUCCUAUGAUUAUGUGCAGCUCUAUGACGUCACUGGAACAUAUGAACGCUCGCUUGGUCGAUGGUGUGGAUUGGAUGGACCAGAUACACAGAGUACAGGGAUGAGUAUGAAGGUUCGAUUCCACUCCGAUAGUUCGAGCACCUUCAAAGGAUUUAAAUUGGCCUUCACUGCUGUCGAGCCAGCAUCUUCCUCGUCUGUUUCACCGAACCUUGGAGGCAUAAUUGGAGGGGUAUUCGGUGGCAUUGUGGGCGUUGCAAUUGUAACGUGUUGCUGCUGUGGAAUUUGCUCCAGGAAAAAAUCCACAACCAAUGACCAGUCGCAAGGGAACAGAUCACGUGAAGUCUACCUGAACACCAUCUACACUGUCCCAGUCUCAAACUACCCACCAACUACGGCAACUACCCUGCCGGCCAUGUUUACUCCACCUCCAGCUUACAGUGAAGUCGUGAAGGAUGACCCUCCACCCUACUGUCAGGCAGUGCCACUAUCAGAUAUACUACCUGUUGUGACGUCGUCCUCUAAUGGCGCAUCUUCAUAUCAAGGAAUAGAUAACCCAGCAGGCCCUAGUUGAGUGACAGCUGCACAUGAUGUCCACGUUUUGUAUUGCUGGAGUAAAUAGAAAGGACACAUACAUGGACAUUCCUUCACACAAAUUAGCGUCUUCAUCCAUUUUAACAUAUUUGAUUAAGAAAAAUCUAAUCUCCCUCCACAGCAAAUAAUAGCAACGUUAACAAAUGUUCUGAAAACAAACCAAAGAGGUAUAAUUUGUAUCAUAUUUUUAAAAAAUGCAAUUACCUGUAUUCUCACAUUAUCUACUUCCCGAUUUAUUUGGGUCAUGUGUGAUGUUGAUUGUUCAACUGUGCAUAACCAAGGAUCAGAAGUCACGUUUUACAAGUUAACGAACAUUCAUCAACUGAUCGGUUUUACAUAUGCCCACCAGUUGAGUGACAGUUUCACAUGAUGUACAUGUUUUUGCAUUGCUGGACACAUACAUUGAUACUCCUUCACACAAAACAACAUAUAUUUUAAUGAAAUCCCUAAACUGCCUCGACAGCAAAAACUGUUCCAAAGAGGUAUAAUUUAUAUCAUCGUAGGCCAUAAGAAAACGCAGUUACCUGUAUUCUUACAUUAUCUUGUUUCCCAUCUAUUUGGGUCAUGUGUGAUGUUGAUUGUUGAGCUGUGGAUAACCAAGGUACGGAUGUCAUGUUUUACAACUGAAAGAACAUUCACCAACUGAUCAGUAUUCAAGAAAGACUAUCACACUCAUGCCACAAGCAUGUCACAGUUAUGAAUGGAUGAUAACACAAUGACCACGAUGAGAAACUUUUGAAAUUCAUCUUUGUUGUCGUAGCAUAUACUUUUAAUUGUUUUUGUUUUUUGUUAUAAAAUUUUAAAUUUUGUAUAUCAAAUGA